CAGCAGCAGCAACAGUGUGGUGCUCUGGGUCUCCAGCUCUGCCUGGCAGACAAAUCUCCGGCUCGCUGAACAUCUGCAAGACAAAUUUUUCAUGUUCUGUAAAUGAAUGCUGCCUAACUGCACCGGGAAAAUGGGCACAGGGGAUUAUCUCUGCAUUGCUAUGAGCGGAGGGGCGCCUUGGGGCUUUAGACUGCAAGGUGGCAAGGAGCAAAAGCAGCCUUUGCAAAUCGCCAAGGUUCGCAGCAAGAGCAAAGCAGCUAAAGCUGGACUGUGUGAGGGAGAUGAAGUGGUGUCUAUCAAUGGCAAGCCUUGUGGAGACUUAACCUAUGCUGAAGUUACUGUUCUGAUGGAAAGCCUGACUGAUGUCCUGCAGAUGCUUAUCAAGAGAUCCUCCAAUGGAAUAAAUGAAACCUUGAGUGCUGAAAGAGAAAAUGGAAAGCACCAUGACAUAAAGAAUGAGGACUAUAGGGAGAGUACCACACUGCAAAUUAACACAGCGAAAGAGAUACCCCAUGGAGAUUUAUGUAUCACAGAGAUAUACAGUGAGACUCACCAGGGAGCAGAAGAAAGCAACAUACAUUAUUCUGAAAUGAAACAAGAGAUCGCACAAAGCCACAGAAUUACUCCUAAAGUGAUAGGCACCUCCAAAGUGCUUGUGACAGAUGAGGCUGCUCUCAGAGGGAAGACAGAAGAAAGAAGGCCAGGUACUAUGGUUGAGCUGCAGUUGUCCCUCUCAAAUGAUGCACACAAGGGCACCAAUGCUCCUGCUGUGACUCUCUCAGGGGCAGAAAAAUGCAGCCCUUCAGGAAGAGGACCCAGUGUACAAGAUGGGACUAGCCCUGUAAUCGCAAUUCCCCUGGGUGUGAAAGAGGGCAACAUCCAGUGGUCAAGCAAAGUAGUCCAGUUUUCUAGUGGCAAAGAGGUCAAGAGGAUCCAAGGUGCAGCUCCAUCUCUCCCCAGGGUGGAGGUGAUCCUAGACUGUUCAGAGAGGGAGAAGGAAGCACCCAGGUCUCUAGCUGAAAGGGGGUGUGUUGAUUCUCAAGUGGAAGGAGGGCAGUCAGAAGCACCUCCUUCCCUCCUCUCCUUUGCAAUCCCAUCAGAAGGCACAGAGCAGGGAGAAGACGACCAGCACUCUGAAAGGGAUCACAGACCUCUCAAGCACAGGGCAAGGCACGCAAGGCUCAGACGAAGUGAGAGUCUGUCAGAGAAGCAGGUCAAAGAAGCCAAAUCUAAAUGUAAAAGUAUUGCAUUGCUGCUGACAGCAGCUCCCAAUCCCAAUUCCAAGGGGGUGUUGAUGUUCAAGAAGCGUCGUCAAAGGGCAAGGAAAUAUACUUUAGUUAGCUACGGUACUGGGGAGUUAGAACGUGACGAAGACGAGGGUGAAGAAGGUGAAGGUGAAGAGGGGGACAAAGAAAACACUUUUGAAGUGAGUUUGCUUGCAACAAGUGAGUCAGAAAUAGAUGAAGAUUUCUUCUCUGACAUUGACAACGACGGUAAGAUUGUGACAUUUGACUGGGACAGUGGUUUACUUGAGGUUGAAAAGAAGACAAAAAGUGGAGACGAGAUGCAGACGCUUCCAGAGAGCACAGGUAAAGGGGCCCUCAUGUUUGCCAAGAGGCGGCAGAGGAUGGAUCAGAUUACAGCUGAGCAGGAGGAGAUGAAGGCACGCACAGUGCAUACAGAGGAGCGAAGGGAAGCCACCGUGUCAGAGAACUUCCAGAAAGUAAGCUCUUCAGUCUAUCAAACAAAAGAGGAAGAAAUGUCACGACAGCAGACCUGUUUGAGCAAAAGCUACACAGACAUGAGCCAGAAUCAUAGCAAAACAGUACAACAAAAUGGCUUUGGCUUAGCACCAGACACAAACCUCUCUUUUCAGUCCUCUGCAGCUCAAAAAGCAGCAUCCUUGAACAAAACAGCUAAACCCUUCCCUUCUGGUGUUCAAAACCGGGCAGCUGCACCUUUUUCACCCAUAAGAAAUGUCACUAGUCCUCUUUCAGAUAUACCAGCACCACCUGCUUACUGCUCUAUUAGCCCACCACCCGAGGCUUUCUACAGACCUGUUUCAGCUCCUGUAGCCAGCAGAGCUGCCCCAACUGUGUGGUCACCCAGCGAGCCAACAGAACACAUAGCAUCCAGAGAUGAAAGGAUUGCGGUGCCAGCCAAAAGAACUGGGAUACUGCAAGAGGCAAAGAGAAGAAGCACUUCAAAACCUAUGUUCACUUUCAAGGAAGCACCCAAAGUAAGUCCUAAUCCUGCCCUGUUGUCCCUUGUACAUAAUGCAGAGGGCAAAAAAGGUACUGGAGCUGGUUUUGAGUCAGGACCUGAAGAAGACUACCUCAGUUUGGGAGCAGAAGCUUGCAAUUUCAUGCAGACUCAAGCAUCUAAACAAAAAGCCCCUCCCCCUGUCGCUCCAAAGCCUUCACUCAAGGUCUCUCCUACUGCUGGUACUCCAGUGUCACCGGUCUGGUCACCUUCAGCUGCGGCUUCUAACAAGGCUCCUUCUUUCCCAGCACCAGCCUCACCUCAGGCAGCAUAUCCUGCACCACUCAAAUCUCCACAGUAUCCUCAUUCUCCUGUCCAUCCCCCAAGUACUCUUGACCUAGCUGGUCCUUUCAAAGGGCCUCAGGCAACCCUAGCAAGUCCAAACCAUACACCCAAGACAACACCAGUCACACCAAGUGCUGGAGAAACAAAGCCACCCUUUGAGAUGCCACCAGCUAUGAGUGGAAAAGGAGCACAGCUAUUUGCCAGAAGGCACUCUCGAAUGGAGAAGUAUGUGGUAGAUUCAGAGACUGUGCAGGCAAACAUGGCACGAGCCUCAUCUCCAACUCCAUCUUUACCAGCUUCUUGGAAAUAUUCAUCUAAUGUCCGUGCACCUCCACCUGUUGCUUAUAAUCCCAUCCACUGCCCAUCUUAUCCUCCUGCUGCUAGCAAGCCUUCCUCUAAGUCCACCGCAGCUACCAAAAAUACAAAAAGAAAACCUAAGAAAGGUCUCAAUGCUUUGGAUAUUAUGAAACAUCAACCUUAUCAACUUGAUGCAUCUUUAUUUACCUUUCAACCUCCUAGUAAGGAAAGCCUUGCUAUUAAGCAGACAUCAAAGUUGCCCACUUCAAAGCAAGCUCUACCUUUAAGACCACCUAGUGCUGGCUCUCCUACUAACGUCCGGGCAUCUUCAGUGUACUCCGUGCCAGCCUACGGUUCACAACCUUCGUUCCAAUCAAAUGCCUCUAUCCCAGUAAAUGAAUCAUAUUCACCUACAAGCUACUCUGCAUUUUCUAAGCCAGAAACCACCACAUCUUUGUUUACUGCUCCGAGGCCAAAAUUUUCAGCAAAGAAAGCUGGCGUCACUGCACAGGAUCCUUUUCCAGAUUUCGUAGCUUUAAGAAUAGAAAAUGGUUGGUUUUAAAAAGAUCCACUCUUCCAGUCUUGCCUUUUUAACAAAACAUGAUACAACUUUCUUUGCCUGAAGUCAAACACCCAGGACUCCACUGAUCGCUUUGGCAGCUCAGCAUGGCAAGUGCAAAUCUUAAUUACACAGCUUGGCAUAACAUUAUUUUAUAAUGAGUCUACUCAGCUUGAAAUAGAAACGUUAUACAAAGAAGAAACUUGACAACAUCUUCAAAAAUCUGCGGAUUCAGAAGCUCUGAAUUACUCACAGCUGGUAGAUUUCUUGGGAAAAUACGUGAGCCUGAUAAUUGGUGCCACCGUCACAACUUCACAGUACCCAUGACAACGACUGUUGUUACUUUAUAGUAAACAUUACCUUUGCACAUGAUUACAUAAGGGAGGAGUUGGAAUCCCUUGAGACCUAUGUUUGACAAGUGCAUGUCAGGCCACUUGCUUACUACAGGAAGCACUUCAGGUUUUUUAUCAAAUGAUUUAAAAAGUAGGAAAAAUCCUGAAGCUCAGUGAAAUACUAUGUUGGAAGGAUCUCUACAGAAGCAGACUUGAACUCUUCAUUUACAAGAUCAGAACAACCGUAUGAUGAUAGUUCCCUUAUUUUAACGCUUGCUUCCUUGAGGCAGGCAAAGACUUUUUCUUUAUAUGGCAUGCUAAUCAAGUCUCUGCUAUCCUCUGCAGUAUUCAUAGGCAAAAAAUCUAUCCCUGUUUAUAAUGAUCCUGACAAACUGUUCUGAAUUUCAGUGCAUGUGAAACCUGCACAAACUUUUGUGGUAGUAUGUUAUAAUAACUGCACGUUCCUUUAGGGCAAGGAAACUCGGCUAUCAGAAAAAUAACUUACUGAAAAAUGCUUACAGAUUGACUAUCUGGAUGAAGGCUACCUGUGUGGGGUAAUCGUUGUAACAAUAGUAAGUGUUUUCAAACAAGAAUUCUUGAUUCUUUUUUCUAUGUCUUUAAAACAGACAUCUUAAAACAGAGUCCCCUCAUAAUUCCAGGCAAUUGAAAGAUAAGCUGGUCAUUUCUAAAUCGGUGUAAAGACUAAACUGUUGAACAGAUGGAGUGUUUCUCUUGAUGUUUCCAUCUAGAUCUGAAACAAUAGAUUGUAUCUGACUUUAAAAAAGCACAACAAACAGAAGAAAAGGAGGAACGUUACAGAAAUAAAAUACACUCCCAAUCACUGUAACACAUGCUGGAUUACAAAGAGUGACAUGAGCACAACACUCAUUCAUUUCAGUACGAGCUUUAACUGGUUGCAAAGCAAAACAUUUAGUACAUUUAUAUCAGAAGCAAAAGUUUCCAUAUAGUAAUGACGUAUGGACAAAUACAUGCAGUUUUUUAAAGACAUCUUUUUUGCAAAAAACCCCUUUUAAAAAAAAAACAAACCUCAAUAACUGCAAGUGAUUUUCUAUUUGAUCUGUGAGAAUGCUACUUCUUAUACUGUCCCUGUGCAGGUUGUUGUUGGUACAUGGCUUUAUUACUGUGAACAAAAGCAAAGCACGAGCAUCUGUGUACACUUAAGUUUUUUCCUUGAGUCUUGGUAAUUUUCCCACAUCAGGACUAUAACUUAAAAGUGGAGCUGAAGCAAGUGACCAGAAAACCUCAAAAUCUGCCUGCAGUUUAAUUUUCUUUGGUUAAGUAAACAGUUCAAGAUAUGUACAGAUAUUUCUGCAAGUACUAGCCAUACUACCUGAAUAUCUUUUAUGAAGCAAAUAGGGCUGUAAGUUCCUUCAGAAAAGGUUUACACAUACUUCAUUGCUGCUUGUUUGGCUGAUGUCAGAAAGUGCAGAGGUGUGACAAAUGAGACAAAAAUUUUCCUGAUAGCAUCCCAUUAAAAAUUCAAAAUAUUACACAAAAUGAGAGGCAGCAAUGUAACUAUUUAUGGUGAUGUAAAUCUGCACCUGUACUGUACUCUUGUUGCACAGCUGUCAGCAUUUCAGAUAUACAAAAUGAUGAACUUUUCCCAUCCUAAGAUUACUUUCAGAGAGGUGUUUUGGUAGAGAAACUUGACAGACUUGCUACUGCUACAGGAACAGUACUGAACCAAGCACAUGACCCUAUGUAAUUAUGAAAAAUCAAAGUUAAAUACUACUGCUUAGAUUGCAAAAUGAGGCACUUAGCAUAAAUGUUAACCCAACCGUCCUGGGCAUUUGUGUGAUUAAAACAUCUGUAAGCAUCACAUUAUCUGCUAUUUUUUUCUGUAGGACUCCUAACUCAAUUCAGGGCACAGAAUGGUACCACUCAUCUGAUGAAUAGCUCUUCACUAUUUUGUUUUAACAUUGUUCCAUGCUUAGCACCAUUCCUUCCUUAAUAUGCAUUCUUCAAAAUGUGUUCUCCAUGCAAAAUUAUCUCCUUAUACAUUUUUUUGUUUAUAUCUAAGUCAGUCAGAAAUCAUAGUUCAUUUUUACACUAUUGCAUUCUACAAAUAAGUAAAUAAGGCAUGAAGAGUGCAGCACCGAUAUUAGGACACUCAGUAGCCUUGGGUAUCCAGUUCAAGGCACUUAGUAUCUUCAGAGACCACUAGCACAUGAACUAGCUACUGUAUCAAAGCAUGUGAUCCCUAACAUCAGUCUGUGAGUGUUAACAGAUCACAGGGCUCCAGGUGGAAGCCCAGAAAGGGAAUCCUCAUUGACGAGCUAUGAAAUCCAUCCAGUGAAAGCACCUUUUGCAUAAUAUAUUCCUUUGCUAUAUCAUCCUAGUAUUUCCUAAAUGAAGCCCUGAAACAGCUUUGGGGCAGAACUCCUGAAAUUUAAUCAAAAUGCAUAUGCAUUUGGCAAUGAGGCUUGCAUUUCAUAACUUUACUUCACCUUCCAACUUCACUAAUAUUGCUUUAAGGUAGCUUUGUGUGUUUAAGACACAAGGGUUUUCUAAGAACAACAAACCAAACCCUGGAGUACUAUCACAUAGCAUACUGUAACCAAGGGGUUCCCCCAGCAUGGCUUGAAUCACAAUAGACAACUGCCAUCAGGCUGCUACAGUUUAACUGGCAGCAAAUGCAUGUUGACAGACUGCCUGUGAAUGGAGGAUGACACAGGUUUCCAACAGGGUGUCACAGUCUUUUCUGACAGCAGAGAGACCAAGAAAGGACAAACUCCAUUCCUCUGGGUAAGAAAUUUCCCUGGAACUCUGGAGGAAUGUAUACAGUAGUGUACACAGGUUCUUUUUCCCAAACAUACCUUCCUUGUCCCAUUUAUUAAUCUUUUUCUUUUCCUUGUCUGUUCAUCAUAGCCUCAUUGCGAGCUAAACAGGUCAAUUUUCCAUUUGCUAAGCUUCUCAUCAAAGCUCAGGAACCCUGGCUAUCACAUCCUAGUCUCAGCACUCUCCAAGCCAGUGCUGAAUACAGAUUUUCCUUCUGUAUCAUGUAUUACCAGCUCCUGGGUUUGCUUUGUCUAGUCUCUUCUCUGCCCUUACCUUGUCUGUUUCUUCUGCCCUGUUUAAGGUCUGCUUCUUGUCCCCCAUAUUCAAAUCAGACAUUCUCUUCUUUGAGGCUGCUUGGGCCCAGACAGGAGGUCUUGAGUCUGUCAAGGGACAGCUGUGCUCUGCAAUGCCUCUCUGUCUAGAUCAGUGAGUGUGCAGCCCCAGGUCUGGACCUGAUGGUGAGAAGAGACAUGGGUAUGCACCAUACACCUGCCUGCACUACUUUUUUUGUGAAUGAAAACCCAGCUGUACAAUCAGCACAGAAGCUGUGGAACACCCCAGUGACUUCUCCAGCCUGUGGGGGUACAUGUAGCCUGCAGUUUAGACAGGCAGACAAAGAACAAUGACAGUCUCCUUGUUUUCUUGUGUGAUGUCCAAAGACAUCACAGCCUAUAGCACCUUAGACCUGUAAUAAUGAAUAAAAUCCUCUUGCCUAACAGAAUAUUAUCGCCGCCAACAGAGUUCUCAGGAACUAGCUGUGAAAAAGCAAGGUGCUCUCAUUGAGCCUAUAUAAGGCUUUCAGCUUAAAUAUACAUAGGCAAGUUUGCAUGGAAAUAUGAAAUGCUUCAGAUACAAAGAUUAGUCCAUAACCAGUUCUAAAGCAUGUAGUGGUACCACUUUUCAUGGAAGAGGAUGCUAGAAAUUUUUGUCAUUGACAUUUAUAUUUCCUUAAUCUCACUCUUUGAAAUGAUUGAACUAUAAAGGUUUAUUUGCCUGAAAGACAUCUGAAAUGGUUGGAUCAUUUGGGAUGAAGUAAAUAAGAAAAAAAUGAACAACUAAGACUGAAAAUUUCAGUUUGAAAGAUUUGAUAAGAGAAUUAUAAGGAACUGGAUAAUUUAUCUUUCAGUUUUGAUAUGUUCAGCAACAAUAGUGCUACCACCUUCAAGUAUUAAAAUAUAAUUAAUAUUUAUUUUAUUUUAAGAAAAAAUGUCAUUAGCCUUUACUUUAUAUCAAUUUUAAACCCUUUGAUUGUUCAUAAAAAACAGCAAGGUCAGAAACUAGGACCAACUUUGUACUUGUUUUUCAAAUGUUCAUUCUCAAGGCUUCAUCAUCCAAGACCUUCCACUAAGCUGUGUAAUAUAAAAGUCCAGAAGGUGGCAGCAAAUAUUCUUCCUCACAAGAAAUUAACUGUUCCAAAGAAAGCUAACAUGCCCGUGGCCAAAAAAGUUUCAGCCAUUUCCUUUUUAUAGGCAUAACUGUACUGUAUUUUGAUAAUUGUACACGGAUAAAGAUUAAAUGGUAAUGGAAAGCACUGAUUUUCUGUCAUUUACUCAGGUGCAAACUGAGCUAACUGAAUAACUAGUUGAUGAUAGGUUAGCAGCCUUCUUUAUGUUUCUUUUCCAUGCAGUCGCUUUGCAGUAGUGAAAGCCUAAUUCUAACAUCUUACUUUUCUACCAUUACUUGACAAGUAAAAGGCUUUCAUUGUCAAAAGCAGAAUUUGUCACAGAACUUAUGUAAGACGGUUGACAGUAACUGUUUCAUUAGUUUGUAAUGAUGAAAACAAGAUUAUUCUCACCUGAAGUAAUGCCACAGUUGUAAACUAUCUAAACAGAAUAAAUUAGACUCCAGUUCUAAAAUUC